GCGCCGGUCAAGAAAUUUUGCUCUGUACAUUGCACAGAUUAGGUCUGUGUUGAAAGUCAAUUGUUAUAGCCCUCAUACUCCCCAAAAAUCCCUCGAAAUGGAGGCCUCUAGGUUGAAUGAGACUGGUAUAUGCGACGAAUUUGAUGGCCUACUUAAUUUCAACGACGAGGCGACGAAGGCACGAUUUUUCCAGACCGUUUACGAGACGUUUCUCGUAAAGGCUGGGAUACCACUGGUCUGGGUGAUAGGUCUACCAACAAAUGUUGCUUUUCUCUACACAAUCUACAAGGUAGCCCACAUGCGGACCAUCACAAACUUCUACCUGGCCAACUUAGCCCUGGCUGAUCUGCUCUGUCUAGUCUUGUACCCAGGUCUCUACAGCUGGGCUUUCUUCUCUACCCCGGUGGUCUUCAACUUUCAGACUUCAUCCUGGGUUGAGUGCGCUGCCCUAUUUUUCUGCUUUGACAUUCCAUACUUCGCCUCCAACGCCAUCGUGACUCUGGUAGCUCUGGAGCGAUUCUACGCCAUCUGCCGUCCCCUGCAGAGCCGACAAGUGAGCAGUCCCCGACGAGCUGCAGCAUUGGCGGCGACGUUCUGGCUGGUGUCUGUAGUGGUGUCAGUGUCGGUCAGCUUCCGUCGAAUCACGGUGCAAGUCUUCUGCGUCGACUGGCCAGACACGGACGGCGGUGAGUACGACACACUCCCCGACACUGUGUCGUUCUGCACUGCUGGGGAGCCGUGGGUGGCCACCUAUUCCCACUGCAUGUACGUCACGGUUUGGAUUCUUGGGUUGAUCGUUAACAGCUUCCUUUACUUCAAGAUUGUCCGGCGUCUGGGCCGACGUUCCGUCGGAGGGUCUCUUAGAAACGAGAGAGAGACGAAGGAAAGACUGGUCCGCAACCAAGUCGCUCGGAUGUUGAUAGUCAACAGCAUUGUGUUCUUCGUGCUUCAAGCUCCGCGCAUCAUCACAGUCAACCUGCUCUCUUUCCUCACCGCUGUCACUGGACGAGUCCUCCAGCCUGUAGAUGUUUCUGUGUUGGUCCCUCUGACUUAUUUCCUGUCUCUUCUCAACUCGGCCAUGAAUCCUAUCAUCUACAGCGGCACCAAUACCAGGUACCGCGAGGCCUUCCUGCAGGCGUUCGGUUGCUGCAGACGGGGAAGAAAGGAGGGACGACCUGCACUCAGUGACCCGUCAGUAUCCUACAAAGUGACGGAGAGCAGCAAGUGUGAACAGACCGAACAAAGCUUGGACGUUAUCGCAAAUGCAUCGACUUAAGAAGUUAAAAUUUCUUGGAACAGUCCAUUUUGAAUAGACACAUUUACUCCUAUCUAAGAUGAUUGAAAGCCCGUUUCACCCAGUAAAUUUGGUAGUCAAAAUUAUGCAACCCGUGCUAGGCGUACAGUAGUCAUAAUCUAUAUCAUUUCACUUCACUGAUUUUAGUUUCAUACAUCAGGGUUAUACGAUUAAUGCAUGUGUAUUGUAUGCCAAACUGGGUUUACUCUGUAUGGACAUUUUAUUAGCUCAUGCUGUCAAUUUCUUAAGCUUAAAUAUAUAAAAGAACACCCCACAAAAUAGUAAAGAUAAUGCUUUCUUUAACACCUAAUGAACUCAUUGUGUAUUUUUGGAUUUUCUUAAUAUUUUCGUAUCUGCAUGGAAGUAUCCUUUUCGUAUCGAAAUUUUGAGAACGAAAUGGAGGAAACGCAGGGCACCAUGGGUAUCCUAUCGCCAUUUACAUCCUCUCAUGCCUUCAAACGCCUGGUACUGGAAAUUCUACCCAAAAGGAAAAGGGUUUUGCCGCUCUGGGCAAAGGAAGGUUGGUAUGACUGUUUAAAAUUCGCACCGUCUUCACAAGUUGUUUAAUACCACGUCUGUGCUGGGUCUUACCAGAUCAGGAUGGUUCCAUGAACGUUAAGUUCCUGUGUGGUACUGGCAAAUUAAAGCUGACACAGUUUUGCGAGAGGCACCAAAAUCUGACGGGAGGGGCUUCGUUUUUCCCGGCCUAAAAAUUAGACAACACCCGUAUCCCCGAUUGGGCACCAGAUUUAGAAAUAAGCAAUGAGUUUUGUGAUAAUUCUAUCUUUUUUCUGUUGUUCAAAGUAAC